AUGUCGGUGGUUUAUAAAUUGAAUGUAAUAUCCGGACGAGAUAUUGAAAUGCUGCAAACAAGGCCAUUUCAGGGACAUAAGCUGUACUUGUUGCGCAUAUUUUCGUGUACAAUUGUGUUAAUGUAUUGGCAGAAUAGUAUGCUUUUUAAAAGUGCGCUUCCUAUAGCUCAAUUGGUAGAGCGUGCGGCUGUUAACCUCAAGGUCACUGGUUCAUGCCCAUCUGGGUGA